CUUCUGAUUCUACCACCGGUUACCCGCAACGAUGGAGACGACACACUGCAUGUGGAGACUUCUAGUUUUAGUGUCUGUUGGAAGUCUAACAUCAGGCCAGUACUUCAGUUAUGAUUCUGAUACCAUGGAUACCAUGCAGGACAUGGCGGAGGACAGACAAACCUACAUGAUGCAUCAGAGGCUGUACGGGGGGACAGGUACCCAGUACAACACCCAAGGUUACUACGCUGCACAACAACGUCCGGCAUAUCAGUACAACUACCAGUCAGCUGGCCAAAACGCAUACGGUACCAAUGCGUACGGAACAAACAACAAUGGGUACGGAAGAAACACCAACGCAUACGUUCAACAAAACGGGGCAUAUGCCGGGUCUCAGAACAGAGGGUCUUACCAACGAUCCCAGUCUUGGAACAACAACAAUGGCGUCAAUUCUCAACCUUCGAAUUCUCCGGUUUCCACUCAGAAUUACCUACAGAAAAACCAAGGUGGGUCGUUACAACAAGGUUCAGUGAACAGCCAAGGCUAUCAACAACAAGCUUCCAAUUCUGGAACGAAUGGCCAACCAUCUCAGUCGUUCAACAACAACCAACAGAGCCAGCAAAUCCAAACCAAGUGUUCUCAGGUGAUGCUCGACAGAUCCAAAGGGAGACCUGCUGUGAACGUCCCCACCGCUGUCAUCAGCAUCACCCUCAUCCAACAAACACAAUGGAGUCAGUGCACCUCUGCUUCCUUUGGCUUUAUUGGAAGAUAUGCUUAUGUAGGCAAUGGCUGUUCAGGGAACUUCAAGGUGUGUUAUCAAUAAGAAAAAACACCAUGUGCAUUGGGAUUGUGAACUCAUUGCCCGUGCUUCAGCAUCUCAUUGUUGGCAAUGUUUGCGAUUGCAUCGUGCGCAAGAUGAAGCCGGGCUGUAUUAAGCGCAAUGCCAAACUAUACCUAUAACAUUCCAUAUGUGUUUGUUGGCGAAAUAAAGGCACAUUUCUGCUU